CUGUCUUCAGUCAAACAGCUGACUACGCAAUCAACGGAAGAUGAGCAAAUCUCCAAUCACUUGCCAUGUCUUGGAUUCGACUACUGGUAAACCAGCCGCGGCAGUCCAGGUUGAGCUUUUCUUGAUGGGCGGCAGUGCCGAAUUCUCCUCCCUUGCUCAGGGACAAACCGAUAAUGACGGCCGGUGCUCGACGCUGCUAGAGCCUGCAACCAAGCUUGCAUCAGGGAUCUACAAGAUGAAGUUCGGAACGGGAGAAUACUUCAAGGCCUCCUCGAAGCCUACUUUCUAUCCUUAUGUGGAGAUAAUCUUCAACUACGAAGACCCGUCGAGCCAUUAUCAUAUCCCUCUCCUGCUUUCACAGUUCUCGUAUACUACCUACCGAGGCUCUUAGAUACCGGCCUCUGAAUUCCAUUAAGUUGUAGCUUUAUAAAUUUGUAGGUUGUAGCAAUUGCGGUCAACCGACAUGAGCUCUUAUUGUCGAUGCCGUAAGACGCGCUUGAGCGGACAACGACCUUGGGAUCGCCAGGGGUUCAAGCUAUUCAACAUCUGAGGGUAAAGCUGUUCAAGUCGGGUACAUCUACAGCUAUUCACAGCGCA